AUGCCUUCUGAAACUACCUUUUGCUUCGAGGACCAUCUACCAAGAUUCCCUGUACCAGAUUUUCAAGACACUCUAAAAAGAUACUUGGCCUCUGCUCGUAUAAUUGUCAGCGACAAGCAAUAUAAAAAGACAGAAGCACUUGUUAAAGAAUUUGGCAAACAAGGAGGAAUCGGCGAGCAGCUUCACGAAGCUAUUGUAGAAAGAGCAAAGACUACUGAUAAUUGGUUAACUGAUUGGUGGACAAAGUACGUUUAUUUAAAGCCAAGAGAGUCGAUUGUACUGAACAUCUCAGUUGCCACUAUUGCUGGGUAUGAACCUGUCCAGUCAGAAGAUGACUAUAUUACUCUGGCGGCUAAAGCAGCUGUUGCUACAGCGACAUAUUAUUGGCAAAUUUACCACCAAACUUUACCAGUAAAUAAAUCCGGUGGAGCACCACUUGCUAUGUUCCAGAGCAUGAACUUAUUUGGUAGUAGUAGAAUUCCUAAGCAUAGUAUAGAUGAAUUUACACCGCGAAAUCUGGACGAUGAGCCAUCAUCAGACUUAAUUAUUUCUCACAACAAUCAGUUUUUCAUUGUUAAAGCAAUCAAAGAUGAUAAAGUCAUUUCCUUUACCGAGAUGAAAAUUCAGAUACAACGAGUUAUACAAAUGUCAACUGAAGUAGUAGAACCUGUAGGCAUACUAACAACAGCAGAUCGUGAAACAUGGGCUGAUGCCCUUCAACUCUUAACCCAAGAUCCUGAAAACUAUCAAUCUUGGCAUGCUAUCCAUCGUGCAAUCACUGUCAUAAGCUUAGAAAUGAUAAAAUGCGAACCCAACGUUCAACCAGAUCAUCCUAAUUAUCAAGAUGAAUUAUAUAGUCUAUUUACGUCUGAAGGUUUGCAUGCCAAUGGUAGUCAGUAUAAUUCUGCAAAUCGAUGGAAUGAUAAAAUUGUUGCUUGCUAUGUGGGCAGGCAUGGGAAUUAUGGCACGUUAGGAGAGCAUUCACAUGUGGAUGGAGUUACUGUCGUUUACUACAAUGUUUUUUUGGAUCAACAAAUAAAAAUGAUGGAAACAGGUAAGUCUGUUCCACAAGAAGUUUCGAAUCAAGUUGAACCACCGAAGAAAAUUCAAUGGAGGCUGAACGAUGAGUUGCAUCAAGUUAUUCGACAAACUGCGGAGAAAUUUGAUAAAACUUUAAAGAAUGUCAACCAGCGUGGUAUGAUCUUUAAUGACUACGGCAAAGAGUUUAUUAAGUCUAUUGGGAUAAGUCCUGAUAGCUUUAUACAAAUGGCUCUUCAAUUGACUUAUUAUAUACUUGAGAGAAAAUUACCUAAUCAAUACGAGAGCUGUACACUAGCACGUUAUGCUCGUGGUAGAACGGAAGCUAUUCGCGCAACUACACCUAAAUCUAAGAUACUCUGCAAGAUUUGGAUAGAUCCUAAAUCGACGUUAAAUGAAAAAAAGGCUGCUUUCAUGGAGGCUACAAAAUCUCAAAGUCAGCUAGCGAAGGAAGCUGGAUUAGGUAAAGCCUGGGAUAGAAUUUUAUUUGGAAUACGAAUAGCAGCAUUAGAGAAAGGCCUCCCUGAGCCAGAAAUAUUUAAUGAUCCUACUUUUAAAUUAAUGAAUCAAUUUCAACUUUCUACCAGCCAGGGCACAUACGGACCAAUUUCAAAUUCACUAUUUGUACCGGUACAUGAAGAAGGUUAUGGUAUAUCUUAUAAUAUACAAUCAGAUCGAUUUACUUUUGCUUGCUCCGAUUUUGUAAGUUGUGAAAAAACGUCUAGUAAGAAAUAUCUGGACACGUUACGACAGUUUCUUGGCAAUUUUAAACGACUUUUCACCGAAGAAAUGUAA